AUGGCUGCCUAUGUCCGUGUCGCAACAUAUCCGGCGGUCCAGCUCAGUACCAGUGCCUGGGAAGAAAUCCCUGCGUUGGAGCGGGCGGCAUGUAUCAAUGAAACCCACUUUCGGCAAGUCGAGGAUGAGAAAGCCUUCGAUCCAGAUGGCCGUCUCCUCCAGGUGUGGACUACCACAGUUUGUCCCAGUCUAAAGCGCGUGGUCGAGGAUCACAGGGCAGAUAUACUUCGAAGCAUCAAGAAGAAGAAGCUGCCGCCGUUCGUCAUUCACUUCUGGAUGAUGGGGAAAACGUUUGACACCGCUCGUCCAACCGUCGUCGUUCUGAGCAACGACCGCAAAGUUUCGCGACGCAUGGUCGAGCUGAUCGUCGAGUGCGACGGCUUCAAAGACCUCGGGUUUGAUACGCGAGCCUACGAAAAAUCGAUCUAUCAGCAUAAGGGCGGUGGCCGUGGCGAGUUCAGUCCUCUACCAUGCUUGUUGUGCGGCUCCAUGAUUCUGGCCGCUAGCAGUCCCAACGAUCUGCCUUCCCAUGGUCGCAAAGUCACCAUCGGUGGUGUCAUCGCUCUGAAUUCGGAAUAUUUUGGCCUGACCGUCGCACAUCCAUUUUUCCAACAAUCUGACGAGAACGAGGACGAGGAAGCGGAAGCGGAAGCAGAUGUGGAUGAGCUGAACUCCGAAGCAGAGAUAGAUUCAAUGUCUCCCUCUUCAAGCACCGUUAGAGACAAUGCCGCCACGGAAAACGAGCUAAACCCUGCGGUUACAAAUGUAUACUUCCCGCCACCAGACGAAAAUACAGAACCUGUAUUCGUGGGCCACCUGAGAAGGCAACUGUCGGGAGCCAUCAGUGCCUCGGCAGCUGGCUUCGACGGGUCGCUAUGCGAGGAGCUUGACUGGGCGCUGGUUGAGAUUGACGAGAAGCACGAUGACGUUUACAAUCGAAUUAUCCUACCAAACAAAAAGACUUUGAGUCCGCGUGCGAUCGCCUCUAUUCCACCGCCUAAAUGCAUUUGGGUUGCUGCAGGCGCCUCUGGUGUGCGGGAGUCCUGGGUAUCAAAUUCAGUCUGUGUUAUCUACCUAUCAGGAUCCAAGAUGCAGGACGCGUGGACAUUGGAUUUGGAAACUGAGCCUGGUGACUGUGGAUCGUGGGUCGUGGACGAUGAAGGAAACCUGCACGGGAUGAUUGUGGCUGGAUGCGAUCUUGGCCUCGCUUAUAUGUUUUCCGCCGAAAAGAUAAUUGAAAGUGUGAAAUCGAGAAAUAAUUAUCCCACCGUUUAUUUGCCUAACGAAGAGCAAUGGGAAUUCGAUAUCUUCCAUACAGAUGAUAUGGCUACGUUUUCGAGAACCAGAAAAAGUGGUCGAAGGCAUUGCCGCUUCGAGAACGAAAUGUGCAGCGUCAAGUCGUUCAACUUGGCCAAGGUCUGUUCAGCUGUGAGGGACUACGACAAGGCGCUUGGAAUACUGUCUGAAGUAAUUGAAACUCGGAGAGAUGUUCUUGGCCUCGAUCAUCCAGACAGUCUGCUUAGCAUGGCUGAGUAUGGAAGGACUUGCUGCCUCGCGUAUCAGAGCGUAGGCGUCAUUUUCGCAACUAACGGAAUAAUCGAGAACUGUCCCGGGACUAAAGACCCUCUUACUUUGAGAAUCUUAUCCAGGCUUGCGGUGAUCCAUCAGCAAGGGGCAGAGGACGACUUAGCAAACGCGUAUCGUUAUUUGAUCCGAUCAAUCAGAGACAUGAACAUGGAUGAAGAUAGAGAGUAUAUCCUGCAGGCAAUGCUCAUGCUUGCGGAACAGUUUAUUCGUCAGAACAACGGUUGGAAAGCUGAUAAUCUACUCUGCUGGGCUCUCGCACAGAGCGGACACGAGGACCUUGGUCUGAUGGAUUCUACGACCACCAGGAUCAUGAUUGACCUUGCCGAAGUCCGGAGAUUAGAAGGCAAAGUCGAUCAAGCAACAGAGAUCCUCACUUCUGUUCUCGAGAAGCAGGAACGGAUCCUUGGAGGUGAACACUUAGAUACAAAGAAAACAAGGGCAUUGCUCGCUCAGCUGUGCGACCCUCCUUCCACUUUGACUACAUUGCCGACGAGGUCUGCUCCGACUAAAAAUCCUUUCCAACAUCUGACCACCACCAAGUCUGGAGCUAUGGGCGGUUUCAAUUAUAGUCCGUUUGCUGGCAAGCAGGGUGCUGGCGAAUCUAAGUUACGCGAUAGCUCUUUCGCCGCCAAAUCCUCAGUAUUCUCUGGUUUUGAACAGGAACCCCCUCGCUAUGAGUCGGUGGUGUCGCCAUUGUCGCCAAGACGUGAUUGGAGUGGAAAAUUCAGGGACGAAGGCUUCAAUAACCCUCAAGCCCGGAAGAGUUCGAAUCUGCCCUCUUUUGGCGAGGGUCAGGGGACUAACAAUAAGGAGAAUAUGCCUGGAUGA